CCGACCUCUAACAUCCUCUCUCAUUCUCUCUCCUAAAUGUUCCUCCAAAACUUCAUGAUCUGAGAACGUCACGCUUCGGAGCCUGCUCCGGCCAUUGUCAACACAAUGGACAUCCAACUCGGUCCCCUCAUACAGCGCACCAUAUGGGGACCAGGCAUCCUCUUCACCGCCCUCAUCUUCCCCAAAAUCUUCUAUGCCUCACAUGCAUCGCGAAUUCUCACUUUCGCGGCUGUAGCAGCCUCAGUGGUGUGGGCGCUGCAACCACAUGAUAUCGACAAUCCAGCCACAUCAUAUCUCUUCGGCUUCGCGCCUUGCUGGACAUUGAUCGUUGCCGCUGUGCUUUUGCUGCUGUCCACUCCAGCCCGGGAUUUCCGGAGGAUUCGGAGGAAAGAUGAGGCUGUAGUGGGAAAGGGUGGGACGGAGGAGCUGUAUGAGUGGGAGCCGUUUCCUGAGCAGAUGCCGAGGAGGUGUUGGUGGGCGCUCGAUUUGAUGGUGAAUUGGAGAGGUUUGGGAUGGAGUUAUCAGAGACGACAACAUUUCAUUCCAGAUGCUGUCAAGAAGGUUUAUGAUGAGGCUGGAAUCAACGUCAAGCGGGAUGGAAGCCAGGAUGAGAAGAGGUGCGGACAGACAAGGUCUUCGUUCCUUGUCCAGCAAAGUUGGUAUUUUGUGGUGGAUUAUGUUUUGCUAGAUUUCUGCAUCUACUUUAUGGAUCGGGACCCGUGGUUCAAUAGACCUCUUGGAUCGGAUCAGAGGCUUCUCUUUGGCUAUCCAGCUGGAAACUACGAUGUGCUGGUCCGGCCCUACCGUGUCUUUGUCGGCACUCUAGCCACGUACACAGUGAUGGAUGUCGCUCACGUGGUUCUGGCCCUUGUUUGCGUUGGACUGGGACCAAAAAAUCUAGGCACCCUCGGCGAACCCUGGCAGCACCCUCCUCUCUGGGGGACUGUCGAUGACUUGUUCCAUCGUGGUUUACCAGGCUUUUGGGGCAACUUCUGGCACGACCUCUUCCGCUUCCAAUUCCUCACCAUAACCAGGAAGCUCCUCCCCUUCUCCGCAAAAGACAAAUCCAGCGCUCACGGCUUCCGCGGCCUCCUGGCCAUGACGCUUGUCUUUGCGCUCUCGGGUUCUAUGCACGCAGCCGGCUCUUACACCGAGCUCCGAGAAACUGCCCCUCUGUGGCUAUUUGCUGGCUUCGCGGUGCAAUCUAUAGGCGUCGCGGCGCAGGAAAUGAUUACCAUGCUCAUGGUAAAAGGGAAGGCUGGGCCGGGUGCGAGGCAGGUGGUUACGAUUGCCUUCUGGUGGUUUUGGGGGUGGUUGACGGCGCCGAUGGUUAUUGGUGAUAUGGCUGCUUGUGGGCUGUUCCAGUCGAAAGUUAUGCCGUAUUCUGUUGUGAAUCUCGUUUGGAAGUAGAUUUAUGUUAGGAAAGGGCGGAAAAUUUACAUGUAUGGCGGGAAAGGGCAUUCACGGCGUCUGGUAAGAAGAUACACCUCUUCAA